AUGUCGGACUACGGCGGUGACAACGAUGCUGAGGAGAACUACGACUACGAGCCUCAGGAGGAAGUCUUUGACGAAAAUGAGCCCGAAGACUUCAUCGACCACGAGGGUCUUGAGGGCGACGAUGGUGUCGAGGGCGGAUCCUAUGAGCCGGCCGUCAACGGGGAGAACGUCGUGGUGUCCGGCGAUCCCAAUGCUGGCUACUCGGGCAAAGUGAUGGAGCAGUCGCGAGAGAAAAAGGUCCCGACUGACCAGCGCACAACCACCCCAUACUUGACCAAGUACGAGCGUGCGCGUGUCCUCGGCACCCGGGCCCUGCAGAUCAGUAUGAAUGCGCCCGUGCUUGUCGACCUCGAAGGCGAGACCGACCCUCUGCAGAUUGCCAUGAAAGAGUUGAACCAGAAAAAGAUUCCUCUGAUCGUGCGCCGGUAUCUGCCUGAUGGAUGGUACGAGGACUGGUCCUGCGCGGAGCUUCUUUAG